GCGGGCAGAGGGCCCCACGGCCCCCGCUUCGGGGGGCGAAGGAUUCAAGGCCGCAUUAGCUAUGCGGGGGGUCACAGCACGUGGUGCCCCCGCAUGCGAAUUAGCGCUGGCUUGAGGGAGCGAGAGCGCGAUACCGCCAGCGCUUGGGGCGCGUGCUGGAGGUAUCGCUGUCGCACUCUAAACGGUUAUUUUUCAAAAAUAUUGGGAAAUAUUUCUAUAACUCAACAUGGCCAGUUUUUCUGCGCUGGGCUGAAAAAGGGAAGCCGGCCAAGUGCGCCCCGUAACGGGAUCUCCGGUGAAACCCGGGCGCGUCACGCGAUACGCCCCGAUCGAGCUUCCUUCCUGUUCAUCGCGCAGCUAAUCCGGCCCCGAUAUUCGGUUACCUGGGCACGGCACUGCUCGGGCCGCCUUGCUGCGCAGCUGAGAUUAGGGCGCUGCGGCGCCCCCUCCGCCUGUAACGCGCCGCUAACGCUAAUCGGCCACGUGAACCGGCGCCAAGGCCAUCCGCGCUUCGGCCGGGGGCGCGAGCGCUCCCUAAUGGGAUGCGCGCUAAAAAAGUGAGCGCCUCGAGUCCACGUUUCAACAAUUACUGUUGAAAAAACGGGUCGAUUGCCAUCAGUACGCGAGUACCCGCGCUCAGGCAGGUUCCCAUUUGGCUCACCCGGUAGCUCAGUUGACAGGCAUUGUCAUUGGUGUCAUGGCGACGUGGUUGGUGCUGUUGCUGUGGGCAACCGUGCGGCGCCCGCUCUGUGUGGACGGUGGUUGCGCAGCGGCGCCAGAGAGGGCGCAGCUGCAGUGCAGCGGCGUGGACGCCGCCUACUUCCAGAGGCUGCGCCCCAACGCCACCCACUGGAUCCGCUGCGUCGAGUGUGCGCUGCCGGUGAUCGAUGCGCGCACUUUUCCGUAUGCGCGCAACAGCCUCAGCUACCUGGAGCUGGGGCGCAGCCGCACCGUGAGCCUGCGCAAACGGGCCUUCGGCAGCCUCUACCUGCUCAAGGGGCUGAGCCUGCGCGGCAACCGCGUCGAGUACCUGGAGCCGCAGUGCUUUGACGGGCUGCAGCGGCUGCUGCAGCUGGACCUCAGCCUCAACUGUCUGCAGCAGUUGGGCGCCGGCGCGUUCGCAGAGCUGCGCGGCCUCGACCUGCUCAACCUGAGCAGGAACCAGCUGGCAACGCUGCAUCUGCAGGCCUUCGCCGGCCUGGACCGCCUCCAGUACCUCUAUCUGAACCACAAUGCGCUGCGGCGCCUGCAGGAGCGCAGCUUCCGGCCGCUGGCCAGCCUCAAGAUCCUCUAUGUGGAGCACAACGGGCUGCUGGAGAUCCACCAGAACGCCUUUGUGGGCCUGGCCAAGCUGCAGUACCUCUAUCUGAACAACAACAGCAUCGACUUCCUGGUGCAGUACAAUUUCCGGCCGCUGGCCGGCCUGCUCGAGCUGCAGCUGCGCAGCAAUCGGCUGCGCGAGGUGCAGGUGAGCGCGUUCAACGGGCUGCGCAGCCUGCGCGUGCUCCAUCUGGCGGACAACCAGAUCGCGCACAUCAAGCCCUACGGUUUCAUCGGGUUGGACGCGCUGCGCGUGCUCGACUUGGUGCGCAACCGCUUGCGGCAGGUGGCGCUGGCGCACUUCGACAAAAUGGCCCACCUGCACGUGCUGUGGCUCAAUGACAACCCGAUCGCCCAACUGCUGUUUAGUGCGCACGACGAGCCGCUAGAGGCCGUGGAAGUGCUGGACCUCAGUGGCAGCGGCUUGCGCGUCUUCGACCACGCCCACCUCCAUCGCAACAUGCCCCACCUCAAAGAGCUGGUGCUCGCCAACUGCUCGUUGGAGUGCGAGUUUUUCGCGCGCAUGCUCGCCUACUACAGCGCAGCCAACGUCACUGUCUGCCUGACAGCAGGUUGCAGCCCCGAUGACAGCCCCGCCUACGCCAAAGACGUCUGCACGCGCCCCGAGCCGGGCCCCNUCCGCCCCUCCCCCUGGCCGUGUGCGUCGCGCUGCUCCUCACCGCCGCCUUUUAGCCCCACCACUCCCCUGUCACUCCAUCUACCUCACUCGCGUUGUUUUUGUUGUGUUUUACCUGAUGCUUACGCAAUUAAAUCAACCAAACCUUUGGCAACAAUGCAGUUUGAUUAACCCGG